AAGAAUGAGACACAAACAUGGAAGAGAGGCCACACCCAUCUACGGCUGCUUUCUUGUUCGUGCUUGUGCUGAUGAUGUCAUCAGCGCUGUUCAGGUGGACGGACCUGAGCUUGUUCACCAUCGCAGCCUCAUCAACCACCAGCACAGAGCAGGAAGGAGAAAGAUGAGCUUGUUUUGGUUAUGGCUUCCCAUGAUUCUACUGAGUACGCUCACAAACAUCAACACUGUUCUUACCACUUGUACUGGUUAUACUAACCUGUCUGAUCCGUGGCGGAAUGUUGGCUUCUGCUACAACUCUUGUCAUGAGAGUGACAUUAACCUCACUCAGGGAUGGUACCGCUUCACCGGUAUUGGUGGAGAUGAGCUCAUCUCUUCCUGCGCACAUGCCCUGAAUAACACCAGUGGAAAUGAGACGGUUUACAACUUAUUCACAUGUAAUUCAGACAUGAAUGAUACAAUGUAUAUGACCUGCAGCGAAGGAUUCACUGUCUACGAACUUCGACCCACCCAAAAAUAUUAUACUACACGUCAUUCAUUCUGCAGCAAUUCUUCUUCCUGUGGAAAGGAUGCUCAAUGUGGUACAGUUUACGGUAGCUGUGAGUGCCAACCUGGCUUUAAGCCGAAGUACCCAAUGCAUAGUGACUCAUUCGGAUGCACAGUUCUCACAGUGUCUGAUGAUUGUAAGUCAACAAGUUGCGCAGGGGGCUUUCUAAACGAACUUGACCAACUUCUCAAUAGUACAGAUGAACCACUUCCACAGAAGACUGUGGAACUUUACUUGGGCACAGUAAUGAGCGUUACAAAUAGCAUUGCUGCAAAUUCUAAUGACAGCAAAGCACUGAUCUCCUACGGAAAUAAUGUGCUGGCUGUCACUGAGAAACUGAUGUCUUCAGUGGUGACACCAACAAAGACUCAGAACACGACAACCAUUAAAAGCGAUAGUCUGGUGGCUCAAGUAUUUAUGGUUGGAAGUGAGACGACCUUGAAUGAAAUUCCCUCGCUCAACGCAAGCAAUUCUUCCAUGAAUGUUGAUCUUAUUGGGAUUUCCAAGAAGAACAAUGGAUCAGCUUCUGUGGUCUUUAUGAGCUACUUCAACAUGUACAAUAUCCUGAAAGCAACGUUCUUCAACACAGCUACUGAUGCAACUAAAACCAUAAUCUCCAGUGUGGUGUCAGGAACACUUCCUAAGGUCACCAAGAAAGAACUCACCUCACCAGUCAACUUCACCUUAAACUAUAUCAAUGGAAUUAAGCCCUCAGGAAAUCUCACCUGCGUGUACUGGAAGGAAAGUGAAUGGGUUGAAGAUGGUUGCAGCAUCACAGAGCAAAACGACACUUACACGGUGUGCUCCUGUACUCACCUGUCUACUUUUGCUCUCAUCAUGCUGACCGACCCAACAAAGGUUGAUGAUGAUCCUUUCCUAGAGGUCAUGAAUGCAGUGGCUGUGUCUGUGGGCUUGGUGUUCCUCGUCUUGACUAUACUGACUCUUGCUGUUUGCCAACGAGGCCCAAAAUUGACCAACGCCGCUUUACUGAACCUGUGUAUAAGUUUGUUUCUUGCUCACCUGAUCUUUCUGCUCACAGACAAAUACCUGAACAACAUCCCAAGCCAGCUGUGUGCAAUGCGGGCUGGUAUCAUACACUUCCUAUUUUUAUCAGCGUUUGUGUGGAUGUUCAUUGAGGCGGUAUUGCUCUACAUCUUUGUGAAGAACCUAUCAAAGUUCACCUCAAAGCAGAGGGAGAUACUAAACUGGAAAUGCAUGAUUGUGAUUGGAUACGUCAUUCCAUUGGCUGUGGUGGGUGUGACUGCUGGACUGUAUCCUGAUGGCUACGGUGGAGAGAAGUGCUGGCUUAAACCAGAAUUCAUUUGGAGCUUUCUGGGUCCUGUGUCUUGCAUUCUUGCUAUCAACUUCUUGCUUUCUGUUGUGAUCAUCAUAAAUCUCAGGCAGGCUUUGAAAAAGCUGGAUAAAACUGUCAGCCACCUACAACACACCCGGGUUCUUGUGUUUAAAACCCUGCUCCAAUUUAUCAUUCUUGGUGUCCCCUGGGCCCUGGGCUUCUUUGCUGACAGCAGCCAAAUGAUACUGAUAAUCUUCCUAUUCAUAAAUUCACAGCAGGGAACCGUCAUCUUCCUCGUUCAUUGUGCCUUCAAUCAAGAGAUCAGAAGGCAGUACAGGAAGUGGUGGAAUGACCUUUGCCAUCACGCCAAGUACAACUCCAUGGCAGAAGACCAAACGAAAUCUUCACAUUCAAAUUAAUAUGAAAAUGUGAAUGCCUUGUGUAAAGAAUGGUCCAUGUGUCACAUGACCAAGGAAGACACAUGACCACUGCAAUAAGGUGGCUGAAAAUUGCCAACUGUUUGUGUAUAAAGUACAUUUAAGACCUGUCAAAGUGAAAGAGAUACCGUCGAACGUUCAUUAUAUUUGUUUUUAAUCAACCAUUUCUCUGCAAAACAAGUAAUGACACAGAGAAAGUAAAAUAAUUAUCCUAAAAACUCAGUACAGCUACUGCUUUCAUCAGGUUUGACAAAACAGCUAGUGGCAUCUUCAAUCAGGGCUUCUGUCAUCAUGGCAUACUGGAAUAUAAAAACAUCUGAAGUGCUAAGUGAACCUGGAAAGACCCUCAUUUUUGAAUUGUGAGGUUGUGAUGUCAGCUUUAUGCUGGAACAUUGGUAGUUUCCUGUUUGUUUAAAGGCCUUUAAUUUUACAAACUUGAAUGUAAAUACUUUAAAUGAUAGAAGAAAUGUCAUUUUUCAUAUUAAGUUAAUUUCUCUUUGUAUUUCU